AAAUGAAGUUUCUAAGUCUUAUGUUAUUGGCCACGUCAGUGACUGCCCGAUUCACCGAUGAUUUGUACCAAGUUUUGGCCAAAGACAAUGCCAACAAGAACCUUAUUUCGUCGCCUCUCUCCGUCGAUAUUGCCUUGAGUAUGGUCUAUAUGGGAGCUGGGGGAAAGACAGCCCAAGAAAUGAGGGACGUCUUGAAAUUGCCCGCGGAUAAAAAGGAUGUGGCGCGUAAAUACAAGGAAUUUUUGACAAAUCUCGAAGGUCGCGAGAAGGUGGCCAUCCUAGAUCUGGCCAACCGUAUAUACGUGAACAAUCGCUACUCUUUAAUUCCUGAGUUUAAUCAAGUGGCCAGAGACUCCUUUAAGGCCGAAGCUGAGGCUAUCAACGUAAAUGAUCCCGAUAAAGCCGCUUCGAUCGUCAAUAAGUGGGUGAACGAUCAGACGCGCAGCAGGAUCAAAACCAUUGUUACGAAAGAUGAUAUGUCUUCGGAUAUGGUAAUGAUUCUCUUAAAUGCAAUAUACUUUAAAGGCCAGUGGCAGUACGAAUUCGACCCUAAGCAAACUAGAAAGGAUAUUUUCAGAACUGCUGAUAAAAAAAAGGUUCCUGUCCAGAUGAUGUUUCUGGAUAAUUCACUUAGGGCUGGAUAUGUUAAGGAAUUGGAUGCCAAAGUGAUCGAGCUUCCUUACCGGAAUUCAAGCCUAUCCAUGGUCAUCUUUUUGCCGGAAAAGGUCGAUGGUUUAAAAGAAAUGGAGGGGAAGAUCGCAGGCUUCUCCCCAAGACUGAGUAUGCAGUCGGUUCUUUUGAGACUACCAAAGUUCAAAAUCGAAUUUUCCUCAGAACUAAAGGGUAUUCUUGGGACGGUGGGCAUACGAGAUGCAUUUUCUAACAAUGCGAAUUUUGGAGGUCUGGUAAAAUCGUCACGAGCAAAGAUCAGCAAAGUCAUACACAAGGCCUUCAUUGAAGUUAACGAAGGGGGUGCCGAGGCAGCAGCUAUAACAGCCAUAAGAGUAACGGUCCCUUUAAGCGCUGUAUACGGUCCCCCGACUGGCUUCAUUUUUAAUGCUGAUCAUCCGUUUGCCUACGUCAUUCGUGAUAAGGACACCAUUUACUUUCAAGGACACUUCGUAGGACCAGAAAAAUAAAGUACCAUUUCACUGGCACAAUUGUGAAUCAGUUGUCAAUAAAUAUAAAUAAAUAAUAUUAAACUCA